CGAGAUCUCGUCGUCCCCAGCGCGCCAGUGCAACGCACGCGACCAUCCACGAAUGCCCUGCUACCUUGCUCCGCAUGCCGCGUGUUCCCAGACGCCCAACGCAAGUCCGCAUCGGCAUAGGAGAAGCGCACCGCGUGCACGCACACGCCCGAGGCUGCCAGCGCCCGUCUGCGUAGCCUGCUCCCCGCACGUCCGCAACACACACCCUGCCAGCACUCGUCCGCAUCACGCCAGCAGUCCGCGACCGUGCUCACGACCCGCGUACACGCACGCUGUCUGCGCCCGACGCACACGAGCUGCCCGCUGCAACCCGACGCCGAGACCUGCGUGCUGUUCGACC